AGUACACAGUGUGUGGCGACUUUCACUUUCACCCGAAACUCCACCCAUUCUGCUGAAACAGAGAGUUUGAGAUUGUUCUGGACACGGAAGCAGCCUCCAGUCUCCACCGUUCAGACCGGAGAAGAGGAGCUGAGGUCAAAAUGACCACAAACAACCAGGGAGAGAAGAGAUUCGACCCCAGAGACACGACCCUGAAGUUCGUCAACCGGCCUGAUGACCUGGAUCCGAUGCCCCCAGAAGAAGGGGACCAGGGUCUCCGAGCAGAGAUGUCCUGCGGUCAUGCUGUCACCCCAGAGUCCCUCACCGGGUGGUGCCGCAGCCUCCUGGAUCAGGGCCAGUACAAGUUUAAGUGCCCCGCUUUGAUGGACGACACCGUAGAGCAGUGUAAUGAAGUGUGGUCCUAUCAGGAGGUGCGCAGGCUGGCAGUGCUGACCACUGAAGAGAUGGCGUACUUCGAAGAGAAGAUGGCCCGCCUGGCUGCCGUAAAAUACUGUGAAAUCAAAGAGUGUCCUGGCUGCAACACCUUUGUGGAGCGAGAGGACCUGACUAACCUCAGCGUGGUGUGCACAGUCUGCCAGGAAGACGAUGAGGAUCACUACGCCUUCUGCUGGCAGUGUCUGAAGAAGUGGAAAGGCCCGAUGCCGCGCUCCGACCGCUGCGACAACGACGGCUGCAUCAACCUCAACCUUGAGCUCCUCAAGAACUGCAAGGACACCAGUCUCCCUCAGGUGCAGGGCGUGGACAAGUGUCCCUCCAUCCGGGCCUGUCCCACCUGCGGUCAGCGUGUGGAGCACGACAGAACCGGCUGCAAGAACAUCAUCUGUCCUCGCUGCCAGGUGGAGUUCUGCUUCGUGUGCCUGAAGCUCACCAGCGAGUGUCUGAAGACGAGCUCCUACUUCAUCCCCUGCAAGGACGGCGUGGCUCCCAGACAGACCUCCAUACCCGUGUGGCACCACAACUAACAGGGUCCAGGAACACACACAUUCACUAUGCAGGGUGUGUGCUUGUUGUGUUUUUAGUGUUUGAUUUCACUCUGAGUUUUGACCAAUAUUUACUUAAUCUGAAAGAGCUAAGGAUAUCUACUGUAUUCUCCUACAAUGUUGUUCAUUACAAAUUGAAUUAAUCUCUGUUCACUGAUCAUUAACAACUGUAUCACUCAAUAAAGGUUCCUUCACCUGAA